AUGGCUGAACAGCUAUGUGAUUUGCUUGGCAUGAAGGUUGAUGGUUUCUUACGGUUGACCGAAGUCCAUGUCUUGCCCUACCUAGUUUUGACACGAAAACGAGACAUCAUUUGCAGAAUCGGGGCUAGUCGCAACGAAGGCGAGUCUGCUUUCGAUGUUUGCUCAGAGAAGAACAACCUGGCUGCAAUUCUUGCUUUCCUCCUAUCUCAGCAAUCAGACAAUCCGGAGGCUAUGAUAAUGUCUCUUCUAGCAGAUGUAGAUCCCGCUUUUAAGGGUCGAUCUUUGGCGGAAUUGGUGAGGAUUGAACCAAUCCUCAUUGCAUGUGACUUGCUGAAGAGCCUGGGUGAUGCGGGCGAGCAAAAGAAAGAGAGGUUCAACCAAGCUCUCCAUCGAUUAGCCACGUUUGUUCCGCGAAAGAUUCCACAUGGAAGCUCGUCAAAGAAAGCGGAUCUAAGUCACUUCAUCGAGGAGCACGUUCUCGGUAUUAUCACACAAUUCGCAAAUGCCAUUAACGACUUCCAAGUGAGACAAACGUUAGCAGAGAAAAGAAGAAACAUCAAAGCCAUCGAAGAAAUGAUAAAGAUUGCCCAGGGUCAUGUUAGCAGUGCAUUGCCUCAGGUUUGUGCAUGUCUUCGAUCCGCGCUUGAGAUUGAAGAACUGUGUGAUUAUGCAUUCUCCGCGUGGAAGACAUUGAUCAGUUCUCUUGGCGAAGAGGACCUUGAGCCAAUAAUUGAUCAGACACUAGCGAUUGUGAUCAGAUAUUGGGAUAACCUGACCGAAGAGAGCAGGAACAGCGCAUGUAAACUCAUCGAUCAUAUCUUGACUAAUCACUCGAGUCUUGUACGAGAUACCUUCGACACGAUGCCUUCUCUUGCAUCCAUUCCGGAGAUGGCUGCCUUUGAUGCCAAAAUCAAUGACAUGAGAGCCCAAAUGGAUGUCCGAAGUCAGUUUCUGGCAUUAAUUAGACGCUGUCAGAGUGAAAAUGCCACCGUUGUUGAACAAGCUCUAAUGGAGUUGGCCCCUUUUCUGUCAGCAAAUGAGGAGUUUCUUCAUGACUCUGUUCUGAGUGAACAGCCAGACCCUGUGAUUGCUCAGCUGACUAGGUCAUUGUUGGACUGCUGUGUCAAGUUCAGUACCACCUCGGACAGCAUUACUCUAUUUUCGGCCCGAUGUCUAGGGCUUGUCGGCUGCCUCGAUCCAAACCGAGUUGAAACAAUCAAAGAGAAGAAAGAUAUACUUGUCUUGUCCAACUUUGACAGAAUGGAAGAGACAGUCGCUUUCAUUAUUUUCUUCCUCCAGCAUGUUUUGGUUGAUGCAUUCUUGUCUGCUUCCAACACUAGGGCUCAGGGUUUCCUAGCAUGGGCCAUGCAAGGCCUGCUCAAAUUUUGUAAACUGAAUGCGGUACUGACCCAGCGCUCUCGCGAUUUGCAAGGCGAUGAAAAGUAUCAACGCUGGAUGGAGCUUCCAGAAAGUGUUCGCAACACUCUUACGCCAUUUCUUACAUCUACCUAUACGGUCACUGUUGUGACCAGUUAUACUGAGGUCAACUAUCCACUCUUUUCCCCUAAAUUGACUCACAGUGAGUGGCUUCGAACACUGGUACAAGAUCUUCUACAAACCGGGAAUGGAGACAACGCAAAAAUGGUAUUCUCAAUAUCAAGUCGUGUUGUGAAGGGUCAAGACAUUUCUAUCUCUUCAUUCCUUCUACCAUUUGCAGUCCUGAACCGUAUCGUUGGAGGGACUGUACAAGAACAGCAUAAUCUUCAAUACGAACUGAUGAGCGUUCUUUCACAUCCUAUUCCGGAGACAAACAACAAUGCUCGCGAAACAAUCAUGAGCAGUAGUCAGAUCAAGUCGGUCGAAAAUCUCGUAUCCUCAAUACCGCCCGAGAUCAUUUCUAAGCGAGCUGUUGAAUGUAAAUCAUUUUCCAAAGCACUUUUCCACUGGGAACAAUACAUUCGGAAAUCCAAGGUCCACCCAGAAUCACAAGAGAGAUUCGGCCUCGAGCCUCUAUACCAAAGGUUACAAGACAUCUAUAGCCAGAUUGACGAACCUGAUGGGAUCGAAGGCAUUUCAAGCCACUUGUCUGCACUAGACAUUGACCAGCAAAUCCUUGAGCACCGGAAAGCUGGGAGAUGGGCCACGGCGCAGAGUUGGUAUGAGCUACAACUCGAGAAGGAACCUGACAAUGUCGAUGCGCAAUGGAAUCUUGUGACCUGCCUUAAAGAAUCUGGCCAACAAGACGCCAUUCUCACUCGCUUUGAGGUUCUCAAAGAAAAUGAGUCAGCCGCUUCACGGUUCCUGCCCUUUGCGGUUGAAGCUUCCUGGAUAAUGAGCAGAUGGGACAAGCUAGAGGGUUACCUUGACCUUUGUGCCAAACAAGGAACUGAGGAGUUCAACGUUGGGAUAGGCUCGGCCCUUGACGCUCUUCGUAGAAAGCAAAACGAGGCAUUUACUGAUAAGAUCAAUGAACUCAGGCUCACUGUUGCCCGGUCACUUACCACAAAUUCAGUGGCAUCGCUACAAGCAUGCCAUGAUGACAUGCUCCGAUUACAUGCUUUGUCGGAGGUCGAAUCCAUUGCCAAAGCACAAUCAGGUCAAUCACGCCCGGGCUUGCUGGGUGCCCUAGACCGACGGUUGGAUGUUCUGGGUGGCUACCUUUCCGAUAAACAAUACCUAUUGGGAUUAAGGCGAGCAACAAUGGAGCUAGCGGGCGAGUUUGCAGAUUCUGAUCUAUCUGCUGCAUGGCUCACCAGUGCUCGCCUUUCUAGGAAAGGCAAUUUCAGCAGUCAAGCGUAUCACUCUAUGCUCAACGCAGCACGGUUGAAAGACAGAUCUGCUUCCAUAGAACACGCGCGGCUCCUUUGGAAAGAUGGACACCAUCGAAAAGCUAUUCAGACCCUAGAGGGUGCGAUUUCUGCUAAUGAAGUUACCCCGAGUGCAUCUUCUUCAGUCGAGAUUGAAGCCAUGUCGUUUCUCUCAGGUCAUGGGCAGCACCAAAAUGAGUCUACUGCUCUCGCUCAUCUUAUGCUAGCUAAAUGGACGGACAGGGCUGGUCAGACCCACUCUCAGGCCAUUGUCCAGAGAUACCGAGAGGCCAUCAAGUUGUAUCCAAAGUGGGAAAGGGCACACUAUUACCUGGGGAAGCAUUACAACAAAAUUCUGGAGUCUGAGAAGGCCAAGCCCAUGGGAAAGGAAGCUCAGAUAUACUUGAGUGGAGAAGCCACAAAACUUGUCAUUGACAAUUAUCUUCGCUCGUUGACAUAUGGGACCAAAUAUGUCUUCCAGACCUUGCCCAAGCUUCUGACCCUCUGGCUUGAACAUGCUUCGAUUAUUGAACAGCCCAUUGAUCCGAAGAGAGGCGAUAAUGAAGAAUUUCAAAAACAUACGCAAGCGCAGCGGAAGAAGAGCCUCGAUGAGAUGCAUGCACAACUGAAGAAAUUCAUUGACAAACGCUUGCAGGCGGCUCUGGACUACGGUAACAAGUCAAAGGGUGAAUCCUCGGCAGCAUCCGAAAUCCGUCGCAUGAUAACCCAAGGUACAAAGUUCUCAGAGGAACUACUCCAACUCUGCCUUGCUCCAGUAGAGGAAAAGUCAUCUCGAGUUCAACUCGGCCGCAAUCUAGGGUUUAAUCAUAAAGUUGCGCCAUGCCGAUUAGUGGUGCCUUUCCAGGCAAUGUUGAUUCCAAGCCUCCCUGCUAGUCAGAAUAUUGAGUACAUCAAAGGCUUCAGGGCCUUCCCUCGGGAUCCAACAACGAUUGAGGCUGUUUUGGAUGAAGCACAGGUUCUGAAUUCGCUUCAAAAGCCACGCAAGAUCAGCCUGCGAGGAUCUGAUGGGAAAAUCUAUAAUGCACUUUGCAAGCCCAAAGAUGAUUUACGCAAGGAUCAACGUCUCAUGGAAUUUAACAACAUGAUCAACCGGUUUCUUAAGAGAGACGUCGAAUCCAGCAAGCGGCGCAUGUACAUCAAAACAUACGCUGUGACGCCUCUCAACGAGGAAUGUGGUCUUAUUGAAUGGGUUGAUAACCUCCGCACACUGAGAGAGAUCGUCAUCAAGUUGCUGCGCGAAAGAGGCAUUUCACCAAACUACAACGAGAUCAGGCAUAAUUUGAACGAAAUCUGUGCUGAUCGAUCAUUUGCCAAGUUACCCUUGUUCACCACUAAAAUCCUAGCGAAGCUCCCGCCGGUUCUUCAUGAAUGGUUCAUCGAGAUGUUUCCUGAAACAGAGGCGUGGUUUACAGCGAGACUGAGGUAUACACGGUCUUCUGCUGUGAUGUCAAUGGUGGGAUAUGUUCUUGGUCUGGGCGAUCGACAUGGCGAAAACCUUUCAUUCGAAGAAGGAACAGGCGGUCUCCUACAUGUUGAUUUCAACUGUCUCUUUGACAAGGGUCAAACAUUUGAGAAACCCGAGGUAGUACCAUUCCGAUUAACCCAUAACAUGGUCGAUGCCUUUGGCGCCUACGGGUACAAUGGUCCCUUUAGAAGGACUUGUGAGAUUACGCUCAGCUUACUACGACAAAACGAGGAUGCUUUGAUGACUGUCCUCGAGACAUUUCUGCAUGAUCCAACAACCGAUUUCAUUGGGAAGAGACGUCGCACCCAUGUGAAUGUCCCGGACACACCAGCUGGCGUCUUGGAAGAUGUUCGAAAUAAACUUCGUGGCUUCAUGUCUAAGCAGCCCAUUGCACUUUCGGUGGAUGGCCAGGUGGAUGAAUUGAUCAUACAAGCAACGGAUAAGAAGAAACUGGCGUCUAUCUGCUAUAGCUUGGGCUCCGGCGUCGGCGAUGCCGCGAGUCUGUGCGAGGACUACCUCUGUGCGGCGGUGGUGAGCGAGAUCGAGAGGAGUAUGACCGAGAACGAACAGGUGAUCGCGAUCUUGAUGCAGUCUGGGGUCUAUAGAUGUCAUGGCGUUCUGCAGGUCGACCGCCUCCGUGCCGUCUGGGCGGAGAUGACUGGCCUGCAAAUGACCCUCGGCCAUAUCUAG